AUGGAGCCUCUAAGAGCUGUGUUCUUAGUGGUUAUAGUUUUCUCAUGUGGAUUGACAGCAGAAACAACAAAAAAGGUGGUGGAUUUACAGUCCCGUGACUACUCGGCACUUUACAACUUCGGUGAUUCUAAUUCAGAUACAGGAGGAAUGGCAGCAGCAUUUUUUCCAAUGAUAGCACCUUGUGGUGAGACGUACAUCCACAGACUUGCUGGUAGGGGUUUUGAUGGCCGCCUAAUUAUAGACGUCAUUGCUGAGCACCUGGCAUUACCGUUGCUAAGUCCAUACCUGGAUUCAGUAGGAACCAGUUUCCGGCAUGGAGCAAACUUUGCAACUGGAGGGGCCACCAUUCGGCGGCAGAACGAAUCAUGGUUUCAGACAGGUGUAAGCCCGUUUCCUCUGGAUAUUCAAGUCGAACACUACCCCCAGUUCAAAGCACGAACAGCUUACUUCUACAAUCAAGUGGCCACUAUCAAAGUCCAAAAUCCAGAGCCCGGAUAUCUUGAUGACCAUGGCUGUAAAACGAGUCAGAAUCAUAUGGCUGUGAAGUUUAAUAAAAAGCUCAAGCAUUCAAUUAUCCAACUCAGGGCAGAGCUUUCAGAAGCUACAAUAACCUAUGUAGAUAUGUACAGGGCAAAGUACGACUUAAUCAGGAAUGCAAAAGAACAAGGUACUUUAUUAUCAAACCAGUGUCAAUUUGAAAUUAAAAUUUACACAUUAAUUCAAGAACCACUUAAUGUCCUAAUUACACCACUAAAUUUUCCAUUUACAGGAUUUGAGAACCCUUUCAAAAUCUGCUGUGGACUUCAUGGAAUCGAUUUUGAUGUCUGGUGCAGUAAGAAAGCAACUAUAAAUGGUAGUGAAGUAUAUGCAGGUUCUUGCGCAAAACCUUCUGCAAUAAUCAGCUGGGACGGAGUACACUAUUCUCAGGCUGCAAAUAAUUGGAUUGCUAGUCGCAUAGUCAAUGGAUCACUUUCAGACCCGCCAAUGCCAAUCACACAAGCAUGUCGAAAGAAAAUUUGAACAAUUCUGUGCAUUCAAUGAUUAAACUAUUGCUUCUAAAACUCCCAAGCUAUUUUUUUUUUUUUUGAA